AUGGAGAAAGAUCAGAGCCUGCAGUUACAGGAGAUCGCUGUCACCACGGCAGCAGCACCUGCUGAUAAUUAUUUUUCAUAUAAGGACAAUCUGAUUGGUGCCCUACUGGCCAUAUUUGGACAUCUUAUAAUCAGCAUUGCUCUUAACCUACAGAAAUACAGUCCUAUCCGGCUAACGGGUUCCAAAGAUCCUCGUUCAUACUUCAAAACAAAGACAUGGUGGCUUGGGCUGUUCCUGCAGCUUGUGGGAGAAUUAGUAGUGUUCUCAUCUUACGCCUUUGCUCCCCUAUCGCUUAUUGCACCUCUCAGUGCUGUCUCACUUAUAGCCAGUACAAUCAUAGGAAAUAUAUUUAUUAAGGAGAAAUGGAAACCUAAGGAAUUCUUAAGCUGUGGUUUGACUGUUGCUGGAACUUAUUUGCUGAUCACGUUUGGGCCCAACAGUCACGAGAAGAUGACUGGGGAGAAUAUUGUCAAGCAUUUAGUUAGCUAG